AGAGGAGGGGGGGAGAUGAAGCGAGGGGAGGUUUCGCCAAACGGCAGCGGAGAGUCGGAAGUUUCAGCUCCGCGCUUCCCACACAAGCAGGACGGGCGAUCCAAGCUCACACGCAUGCAAAGAGACAAGAUGCUGCUCCCAGCGAGCAUGCUGGUUGGCCUACUCUGUCUGAGCCAUGCAGGCGCGGUGGCGGGUUUUGCUCGUCUGCUGGAAAACGCCGAACUACGGUCGGCUUUCUCGGUGGCCCGAACCAACAGCAUGGAAGGUGGGCCCAAGAUGACAGUGACCUUCGACGCGGUCUAUGUCAAUAUCGGCGAGGACUUCGACCCGAAGACAGGCUUGUUCCACUGCCGAAUCCCAGGGGCUUACUACUUCUCCUUCACGGUGGGAAAGUUCCCCCACAAAGACUUGUCUGUGAUGUUGAUGAAGAAUAGGAAUGAGGUGCAAGCUAUUGUGUAUGAGGAGAAUGCAGGCGAGGAGAAAAAGGUACAGAGCCAGAGUGUUAUGCUGCAACUGGAGUUUGGUGACACUAUUUGGCUGCGUCUUCAUGGCGAUCCUCGUUACGCCCUCUAUAGCAACACCGGACACUACACCACCUUUAAUGGUUACCUCGUCUACCCCGACAUCUACGACUACCAGACACACCAGCAGCAGCACCGUCUUGCUUACAAACCCCAGCAACCCCAGCAGGACAAUGAUAACCAAGCCACAGUAGACGUUGGGUCUGAACCGAGGAACCCAAUGGGUGAGAAGGGGCUGCGACGUCUGGAGGAUGACGAUGAGGAGGAGGCUGAUCCACGAUCUGCAUUCUCAGUCGGCCGCACUCAGAGUAUAAUCGGAGUAAAUCAAGUCGGAGCGCCACAGCACGAGCCAGUCAGCUUUGACGCUGCAUUCGUGAACAUCGGGGAGGACUUCAACGUGACGGAGGGGAUGUUCACCUGUCGCAUUCCUGGCGCCUACUACUUCUCCUUCAACGUAGGCAAACUUCCGCAGAAGACUCUCUCCGUCAAGCUGAUGAAGAACCACCUCGAAGUGCAGGCAAUGAUCUACGACGACAGUCACGGAGAGAAAGCGCUGCAGAGUCAGAGUUUGAUGCUGUCGUUGAAACCAGGCGACACCGUGUGGUUGUACUCCCACCAGAAAGAUGGUUUCGGAGCUUACAGCAACCAUGCCAAAUACAUCACCUUCACCGGCUUCCUUGUGUACCCAGAAAUGUCUCCUAUGACUAAAAUUAACAUUACGAGUCAGUCACAAGCGGAUAAGAAGCCCUAGUCGCCGCAUCUUGGCUACAGACUAAAUGUUGAUGGUGGAAUUCAUGCAAAGUGGCGGGCAUGAAUGAUUCUACAUGGUUCUUCCACGCAUCCACUUCAUAUGAAUGUCUUUGUAAUGUCACUGAGACCGUGCACUGAGUGAGAAUUCAAUGCCUAGUUACUUCGAUUCCAGCAAAAGAAAUCCCCAAAUGUGACCUAAUCCUUUCUUACCAAAUUCAAACAUUGAUUUGCUAUCACUGUUUAACGACGAUAUUAGGAAUUCUGUGCACUUCUUUGUCAGUUGACCUCACACCCAAAUUAAACAGCACGGCUGAAUUAAGUUUGAACUCUCGUUCAACAUCAUUCAAUGGGAACUGCACUUGUUUUGGAACUUUGCCUUUCAUUUACAAUCCUUAUGUUAGACAAUAACACAAAUGUUUUUCUUUUUUUUAUGCAUUCUAACCAGCAAAUAAAAACAAGCAAAAAUUUGCUUACAAUGGAGCCUAUAAGAGUCUAUAAAGUGCUCUAAAAAACAUUCAAACACUUCCAUCAUCAUUUUAAAUACAUGCUGUCAGUACAUAUGUAAUGUAGUGAAAGGCAUAUCUAUUAACCGUCCAUCCAUUUCCCACCGCUUAUUCCCUUUUGGGUCGCGGGGGGCGCUGGUGCUUAUCUCAGCUACAAUCGGGCGGAAGGCGCCGUACACCCUGGACAAGUCUCCACCGCAUCGCAGGGCCAACACAGAUAGACAGACACAUUCACACUCACAUUCACACACUAGGGUCGAUUUAGUGUUGCCAAUCAACCUAUACCCAGGUGCAUGUCUUUGGACAUAUUUACUAUCCAUCCAUUUCCUACCGCUUAUUCCCUUUGGGGUUGCGGGGGGCGCUGGUGCCUAUCUCAGCUACAAUCGGGCGGAAGGCGGGGUACAUCCUGGACAAGUCGCCACCUCAUCGCAGGGCCAACACAAAUAGACAACAUUUAAUAUUUAGGUAUUAUACUAAUUUUAAGCAUACGGCGGUGCAUCGUCACUGAUUACUAUUCACUGCAAACUGACUUCAUAACAGCCAAAAAACAUCAUUAAUAAUUACGUACUGUAUAUUGUCGGCUCCCACCGGUGUGCUGACUGAUGGAAUGUUGAUAUAUUCUAAUUUAAAUGAAUAAUCCUUGCAAAGACACCUAGCGUCAUUUAAUGUCUUUCUCUCCAUUUACGGGUCUAAAGUUGAAUGAAUGAAUGAAUGAAUGAAUGAAUGAAAUAAGUUUAUUUCGGUCAUAUAAUCAACCAUUAACCAUUUUGUGUGACCAGUUUAACAGUACAGAUUAUACAUAUAUAACUGGGACUUUGACUGGGAUUGUUUCUUUGACGCAAAGGAAAAUUGGUACGAGCCAGGUGAGAAUGCAAGUACAUUUUUAUUUAUUAAACACUAUAACUAACAAAAGGGGAAACAAAUGGCGCGCACAAUGGUGGAGAACAAACUUGACUAAUGAAAAACAAAAGACUAGCACAGAGGCUACAAACUAUGAAUAUGAAACAAACACUUGCACUGUGGCAUGAAUAACAACAACUUACAUGGCAAAAACAGCAUAAUAAACAGAGUAGCAUGGCAUGAAGGUAGAUGAGGAAUAUGAAGUUGCCAGGCUGAACACUUGGUAACUACAGGUUUAAAUAAUACCAGUGAUGAUUACAAACAGGUGUGAGGGCUGAGAACAGGGGCAUGACAUGAGGGCAAGGUGAAAAUCAUUGAUAGCUAUGGUGAUAAAACAAACAAGGAAGUGCAAACAUAGGAACCGGUUGUCCAAAAAACAAAACAAAACAUGACAAAAAUGAAACAUGAUCUCAUGGGUGUGACACAUACACAUUACACAGAAAAAGAAAAGAAAAGAAAAAUAAUGACUGUAAACGGAAUAGGUUGAAGCCAAGGCUUAUAUUUGCCUAUCCUAUAACUUCACUGAAAAUAAGAUUACCUUGAAGUUGAUCAACUUGUUGGAUUAUGGCUUCUUCCUUCUACUAUCAAGAUGAGAGGCAUUAUUUAUGAUCUAGAAUCAACUUUCAUGAGCUCCUAGGACAGGAAGCAGCUCACCAGCUUAUGAUGUCAAUAUGUCAGCACAAGCUAGUUACCUCUCUGAUCACGGCGCGGCUAAGAAAAGUUUGUCCGCGCUUAUGAUAACAAUAUCACCAAUACUAUGCAAAUAUUCAGGUCACGAAUGGCAUUGUUGGUGCUUUUUGGAUGAUUAUUUAUUGUUGUUUUAUGAGGACCUCCCACUGACUCCAUUGUAAACUGACUCUUAUUUAUGUGUUAGAAUGCAUUAAAAAAAUAUACAUCGGUGUUCUUGUCUCUCAUAACGAGUGUGAACAGUGUGGAGCAGAAUUUUAACGAGCCGAAGUGUCCCUCAGCAUCAUAAAUAAGUAGUUAUGGCAUACCAUUAUAUCCAUUUGUGGUCUGCAUUUGGUAUUUUUAGCUUGUAUGUAGUGGUCAUCUUUCUCAUUCUACAUUCAAAGACUUCAAAGAUUCUUUAUUAUCAAUUUUCUGCCUCAACUAAAAUCCAAAAGACUAUGUGAACUGUGUAUUUGCUGUUGACAAAAUGGCUCUUUGUCUUUCUCGUGAAGUGAGUGUGAGACACAGCGGCAGCAGAGGAUAAAAAUAUAUAUUUUUUUUUUAAUGGAAAAGUUCCAACUCUAAAUUCAUCCUAAGGGUGCUGUUGAGUUGACUACACGGCAUCUCCGAGCCUGCAUGAUUGUGCACCAUAAUUAGAUUUCAAAUCCAGGCAGCGUUUAAUUUAUUUCCUAAGUUAGGGAACAGAAAGGGGGAAAUUGAAUUUCCUCUUCAAGGCCACUUUAAUAUGCAUGUCGGUUUCAUUUCACACCACGGGGAGAAAUUGGAAAUUGUGAUGACCCUCGACUUUAUGAUAUGACUUUCAUUUUCUGAGAAGCACAAUGCGAAAUGUCACUUACUUUUCUUUGAUCAUUUUCCGGUGCUAAAGUAAUUAAAUAUAUAUAUGUAUAUAUAUAUAUAUAUAUAUAUAUAUAUAUGUGUGUGUGUGUGUGUGUCUUAAUUGGAUUAUCCAGAGAAUAGUGCUCCAUACCGUGGUAGAGCGCAAUAUGUAUGUGUGGGAAAAAAAUCACAAGACUACUCCAUCUCUACAGAACUGUUUCAUGAGGGGUUCCCUCAAUUGUCAGGAGAUUUCUCAAUACGGUUCCCUCAAUCGUCAGGAGAUUGAGGGAACCCCUCAUGAAUAAGCGGUAGCAAUGGAUGGAGAUGGAUGGAUCGAUAUAUAUAUAUAUAUAUAUAUAUAUAUAUAUACACAGCCCGGCCCUCGGCCAGAUUGUUCUAACCCAAUGCGGCCCCCGAGUCAAAAAGUUUGGGGACCCCUGCUCAUAAGUCUGCCAGAAAUAUAUUUCUUAGCUGCGGUCCGUAUAGCCUGCAGUGGUACUUUGUUGUAAUACACCUUUCCACCACUUGAGGCAAUAAGGCCUCUGUCAGUUGACUGACUGACACAUGACAAGCUCAUAAAAUCAGACCAAGUGGAGAACAAAAGUCACGGAGAAAUGUCUUAAGCACAAAGAUGAUGAUUAAUAAUCACAGGAAGUCAGGUCAGCAGUUGCCUCGCGCAGCAGUCCCAGCUGUUGUCAGAGAAGAAAGAAUACCCCGUCGCAUCCAGACUGCAAAUGAAAUUUGAUUGUGCAAAGCUACCGCUGUUAGAGCCUCGGCUUACGGAGCAAAUUAUAAAUGUAAAUGUUAUUUCACUGUCAUGUCACACUAAAAUAAAUCACUGCAAUGUCCCAUAGCUCAUGUUAAUGAGCCAGUCAUUAGAUCCGGUUAGUUUGUGAAUUUCACAACCCUCUAGUGUUUGAUCACAUGUGAUACACUAACAUUUAAUGAAGCAGAACACAAUUGAUUUAAAUUAAAAUUUAAGCCUCAACAGGAGAAAGAUAAUUUGCGGUUUUAAUCAUUUUAAUCUCCUGCGACACGUCGAUUGCAAUUAAUUCCGCAAAUAAGGCGAUGGCUUCAUCAAGCAAUUUUUAGCCAAUUUUAUGAGAGCCAAUAGCUACUUUGGCAACGCUGAGUAGACCCUGUGCUCCUUCUACCGAAGCAAUAAAGGACGUGCAUUGAAGUAGAACGUUUUUGGGGGGGGGUAUAGCUCGGUUGAGGCAACUUGAGGGCUCCAGGUUCGAUCCCCGCUUCCGCCAUCCACUGCCAUUGAGUCCUUGGGCACGACACUUUACGCAUCUGCUCUCAGUGCCACCCACACUGGUUUAAAUAUAACUUAUAUUUUCGGUUUCACUUUGUAAAACCGCUUUGAGUCACUCGAGAAAAGUGCUAUAUAAAUAUAAUUCACUUCACUUUUUAAAAAUAUUAUUGUAUGACAUCCUGACAAUGAAAUUGAAUGUGUCAUGUACCGUAUUUUUCGGAUUAUAAGUCGCUCCGGAGUAUACGUCGCACCGCCCGAAAAUGCAUAAUAAAGAAGGAAAAAAAAUAUAUACGUCGCACUGGAGUAUAAGUCACAUUUUUGGGGGAAAUUAAUUUGAUAAAAUCCAACACCAAGAAUAGACAUUUGAAAGGCAAUUUAAAAUAAAUAAAGAAUGGUGAACAACAGGCUGAAUGAGUGUACGUUAUAUGCGUGACAUGUAUAAUAUUCGACAUGCUCAGAGUUGAUUGUGGACACACACAGUUUCUUGUUGUCACACAGGGGGUUUUAACCAGACACAUCUGAUGAUAACUAAUAUGUGAUAAGUGUCCUGUGUCACACUCCCACAACACUUCUCUCCCCUUCCAUGGUCCUAAUGAACAUUUUCCCAUAGGUACCCCUUUGAAAAAAUACCAGCGUAAGCACAUUCUACCCAAUCAUGUCGUCUGUUAUUGUCUCAACCUCUGUGCUUUUUCCACUCCAGUCACUUAAAAAAAAGACAUCCACAGUGGACCUCAUGAUCAUGCCUCGGCACAAUUCAUAGUGUGUGAAGUGACUUAACCGCUGUCAUUUAAAACAUCCAGCAGCAUGUGGUGCAUGCAUGUAACUGAAAAUAUAAUGAAUCAAAAAUAUCACAGGCCCAGCAAAAGCCUGUUACUGUAUUUUUUAAUAAAAGUCGAGUUCACUUACUGAUUUGUUGAAUGUCGCUGUUCUGUAUGUAGUAAUGAUGAAAGGGUUAAAACUGUGUAUUAGCUACAAUGUUGUACUUAAAAUGGUUCAAAAGUAAACCCUCUCAAAACUAAAUUGAAAUGAUAAAACAUACAGAGUACAUUCAUUCGGUGUGUGCAUUUGACCAUGUCCUGUUUUGAUCAUGUGGCUUGUGUCCUGAGAACGUUGACUAUUUCUAACAUGAUUUUAGUGUUCUACAAAAUAAUAAAGAAAAAACAUGUGUUGGUUAUGUCAUUUGUCACAGAAAAAUAUCUUGGAAAAAAAUAAAACCAAGACAGAUGUA